GAAAGACCCCCCCAGUUCCCCAAAAGCACUGGCUCACACACCAGGACGGAGACGGCAGCAGGAACCAAUUACCCCCGAGAGAACAUCUCCCCCCGACACAAAGCUCUCCACGGAGGACACGACGGAAGGAGGCUCCGCUAGACACACAGAGGAUCCGUUCACCUGUAUCCGUCUCGCCGCACAUUACUCCUGUCAUAAAGAUGCCGUUCAGCACCGCGGUGGAGAAGCUUAACGGGGAGGUGGUGGCAGCGGAUCUGGCCUGCAGCGUCCGGGAGGAAAACACUUCCCAGAAGGAAAGCUACAGCGCUGACUGGAACAGCAUCUGCCUCAAGACCAGGCCUCAAGAGGGGCAGACUCAGGACAUGAAGGACGACUCCCGCAAGGAGACCCUGUACCGGCAGUGGCAGCUCCGCACCCUGGGGCAGGCCUGCCCCUCGGGGGUCUUCCGCCUGGGCACGGUGGAGCACGGUGGCCGGGAGCACCAGCUCCUUCCCAAGAGGAACACCCUGCCCCUGCCCAUCUUCACCCCGUCCGAGCUGGGCGUCCGGCUGGGCCGCGGGUGGGCGGCGGAGGAGGAGGGCCGGCGGCCCUUCAGCCCUGUCACCAGCCCCGCCAAGCGGACGGUGGACGAGAUCACCAGGGACCUGCCCCCCGUCAAGCCCCUUCGCAUGGAGUUCGCCUCCAAGGCCCUGGGGCGCUCCAUGUCGGUGGAGGCCCAGAGAGGGUGAACUCCCCCCUUCCCCCAACCCCCUACCCCCAUCCAAACACCCACACACACACACCCCGCCCCCCGUCGAUGGAGGAAGAGAGAGAGGGGGGGGUCAUAAAAGAGAGGAGAAGGAGGAGGGCGGGGGGCAAAAUGGUAGAGGUUGCAGGAUUAAGAAGAGCAGAUAUGGUCCAGAGCAUAUCCGAAGAGGCAGGCACAUACGUGUUGUGUGUAGAUGUGUCUUUAGCGGCCUUCAUAAUAUCCUCAAUGUGGCUCCUAGGCACGGCCGGUAGAUCCCAUAUUGGCGAGCGAUAGGCUUGUGUUAUUGGCAUGUGGUGUAGGUCAUUGGUGUGAUACUUGUAACGCAGAGGUUGGAACAUGUUGCCAAAAGUUUUCUCAGCUUUCUCAAUGGAUUGUCCUGUCCCGUUUUUGUCUUAUUACUUUUAGAGAAAGACCAAAGUUUUUUUUUUUUUUUUUUUAACUGCUUGUUAUUUUGUUUUUAUCAAGAUGGAAGUAAACCUUAAUAAGGUAAAAGAAAGUAAGUGUUGUUUGAAUGUGGUUGGGAUCAAUACCAUGGGUCAGAACAUGUUAUAAGUGUACGGUCAAGCACAUUAUUUGAGAGAAAUGGAAAACAAGUUGGUUAAAGAGGAUAAGAUAACAAGACAAGUGUUCAGUGAAAAUAGGCAGUGGCAUAAAUAGGUUAUGAUGACAGGUUCGUGGGCCCCACCAUGGCAACAGUGUUGUCUCAUAACAAUGGAAGCAUCCAGCAUCUCUUCGAGUCCCUGACAAUGGGAUCAUAUUAAAGAGUAUGGAAUGCAACCGUGUAGUCAUGCCGUGUUUGUGCGGUUUGAAAUGUGUGAAUACUGUAAUUGUGUGUUUACACCCUUGAAAUGGUAAUUUACCUCCACCACUGUACGGCUGUUCCACCUCUUUCUUGUGACAGACUUCCUCUUGUGUGCGACGUCGACACAUUAUCUAGUUUUAUUUAGUUUGUUUGUUUUGUUUUUCGUGUGUGGGUGCUGUGCUGAUUUAUUAUGUUUUGCUAGAGAAUUAUUUUUCUAUGAUCAUUAAAAAUAUGUAUUUGCUUUCA